GGUUCCGGGCGCAGCCAGCGCGUCGGAGCCCGGGGACGGGCUGUUGUCGAAUCUGACCCUUCGGCUUUGUCCAGAAUAUACACGGUCCAAGGGUCUCCGGACACGGGCGAGCGAGGCUGGUCCUGGAGGCUCGUACGCCGGAGCAAAGUGUCAGGGACUGACGGCCAAGCGCCGGCCAAGGCUAGAAGGCGGGCGCGGUCCCUUCGCCCUAGAGACUUGGGCGGGCGGGAGCUGCAGCCUGGCUGUCCGCAUUUACCUGCCGGCCUGGCGAGAGCUGGACGCCGCUCUCAGGACCCUUCUGCUUGUCGCCCUGUCACAGGUCUACCAGCCCUUCUUUGGAGCCCGGACGGCCACUGGAGGCGGAGCAGGCCAGGGGCUGCAACCAAUGAGCGCCAGGAAGGAAGACGGACUCGGGCGUUGAGGAGAGUGACGGACAGGCGCCGCAGCCAAUAGGUGUGGAAGAAAAGACUGAGCGGCGGGUAACGUCCCCAAUGGCUCUCCGAGUUCUCGAUCGCGGCGGCUGGAGCCGGCCAUUCGGAGGCGUGGGGCCGGGCUUUGCGGGUGCUUGUUGUUGUCCGGACAGAGGAGGCAGAGGUCGCUCGCUCUCUUGCUCGCUGGCUGGGUAGAUUGGUGGCGGUCGGCAAGCAGGUCGGUCGCGAUAGUCGGGCGCCUGCGGGGGAGAGGCUAUGUCGCAGUGGCAGCCCGGAUGGGCCGGCAAGGCCGGGAGUAACGGGAUGUCGCCGCGGAGCUUCUUCCCCCGGAUACAGUGCGGCCCGAGCGGAGGCCGCGGCGCCGCCCUCCGGUCCUGAGGAUCCCGCGCUGUCCGGAGCCCGCACCACCUUUUCACCCGCAGCGACGCCAACCGACCCGACCCGACCCGGCCUGGCCCUGCCCGGUCAGAGAGCGCAGCGCAAGCAGGCAGCACUAGCCCCUCCCAGCACAGGACCUGCUCCCAGAGGACAUGAAGCUGUUGGAGAACUCCAGCUUCGAGGCCAUCAACUCACAGCUGACUGUGGAGACUGGAGACGCCCACAUAAUCGGCAGGAUCGAGAGCUAUUCCUGCAAGAUGGCGGGAGAUGACAAGCACAUGUUCAAGCAGUUCUGCCAGGAGGGCCAGCCGCACGUGCUAGAGGCACUGUCCCCACCACAGACCUCCGGCCUCAGCCCCAGCAGACUGAGCAAGAGCCAAGGUGGCGAGGACGAGGGCCCGCUCAGCGACAAGUGCAGCCGCAAGACCCUCUUCUACCUGAUCGCCACGCUCAACGAGUCUUUCCGCCCUGACUACGACUUCAGCACGGCCCGAAGCCACGAGUUCAGCCGGGAGCCCAGCCUCAGCUGGGUGGUGAACUCGGUCAACUGCAGCCUCUUCUCGGCCGUGCGGGAGGACUUCAAGGCCCUGAAGCCCCAGCUGUGGGACGCCGUGGAUGAGGAGAUCUGCCUGGCUGAGUGUGACAUCUACAGCUACAACCCAGACUUGGACUCAGACCCCUUUGGGGAAGAUGGCAGCCUCUGGUCGUUUAACUACUUUUUCUACAACAAGCGGCUUAAACGGAUUGUCUUCUUCAGCUGUCGCUCUAUCAGUGGAUCCACGUACACACCCUCGGAGGUGGGCAAUGAGUUGGACAUGGAGCUGGGGGAGGAGGAGGAGGAGGAGGAGGAAGAACUCAGAGGUGGAGGCAGUGAGGGCGGACCUGAGGAGACCAGCCCCAUGGAGGACAGGGUCCCGGUGAUCUGUAUGUGAGGAGGAGGAGCAGAGGCCUCAGCUUCAUCUAGCUUCAACCAGUGCCUGGGCCUGCCCACCUGAGGGGCCCCAGGGCCUCCCCAGCUGCUGGCCAGACCCUGGCGCUGCCACAGCUCCAGUGCUGCCCAUUUAGCCCUUUGGCUCCAGCCUUUGGAUGGCCACUUACCCCACAGGCUCUGCUGCCCACACUGUGGCUGGACUGGACAGACAGCACAAGGCCUGGUGGGCACAGCCACUGCCCUGCCCAAACGAACUGACACAGGCGGGGACAGCUGGACCACAGAGUUUAUUUUUGUAUUUUGUAUGGGGUCAGGCCUGAGCCUGCACACUCCAGCCCAAAGGGCCCGAGACCCAGCAAGCAGGCCCCAGUGGUCAUCUGCCCUGGGCUUGAGCUGGCUCUUGGAGCCCACCUAUACUCCCCACCUCGCCCAGUGGGCAGCGUGCACUGAGUGUCACUUUGCUGCAGCUUGUUUGUUUCCAAUAAAAGUUUAUGUGACUUACUGUG